AAAAUAUGAUUCUUUGCCUGCUGCACCAAGCUUCUUAAGUACUUCUUUUGCCAUUUGGCCACCUGGCUUCAACUACAAUGCAACAAGCUUUAGAACUGGCAUUGGAUCGUGCUGAGUAUAUCAUUGAAAGUGCCCGUCAGAGACCUCCCAAAAGAAAAUAUUUAUCCAGUGGAAGAAAAUCUGUAUUUCAAAAACUCUAUGAUUUAUAUAUAGAAGAAUGUGAAAAAGAGCCUGAGAUAAAGCAGAAGCUGAGGCGAAAUGUGAAUUUACUUGAGAAGCUGGUGAUGCAGGAGACGUUGUCAUGUCUGGUAGUGAACCUCUAUCCGGGAAAUGAGGGUUAUUCACUUAUGCUCAGGGGAAAAAAUGGUUCAGAUUCUGAGACCAUUCGGCUGCCUUAUGAGGAAGGAGAGCUGCUUGAAUAUUUGGAUGCAGAGGAACUACCACCUAUUUUGGUUGAUCUUUUAGAAAAAUCUCAGGUUAAUAUUUUUCAUUGUGGAUGUGUCAUAGCAGAAAUACGUGACUAUAGGCAGUCUGGUAACAUGAAAUCUCCAACGUACCAAAGCAAGCACAUUCUUUUGCGUCCUACAAUGCAGACUUUAAUUUGUGAUGUGCAUUCUAUAACAAGUGACAACCACAAAUGGACACAGGAGGACAAACUCCUACUUGAAAGUCAACUUAUUUUGGCUACAGCAGAGCCUUUGUGUCUUGAUCCUUCAAUAGCAGUGACCUGUACUACAAACAGACUCCUGUACAACAAGCAGAAGAUGAAUACUCGCCCCAUGAAACGGUGCUUCAAAAGGUACUCAAGGUCAUCUCUGAACAGACAGCAGGAAGUAGCUCACUAUUCAACUCCACCUCAGCUCAGACUACUUGACUACUUACAGAAAAGAAAGGAGAGGAAAGGAGCCCAGCAGUAUGACCUCAAAAUUUCUAAAGCUGGAAAUUGCGUAGAUAUGUGGAAACAGAACCCUUGCUACUUGACUGCACCUUCUGAAGUAGAUGUGGAAAAAUAUGCCAAAGUGGAAAAGUCUAUCAAGCCUGAUGACUCACAACCAACUGUCUGGCCAGCACAUGAGAUAAAAGAUGAUUAUGUGUUUGAAUGUGAAGUUGGUAAUCAGCUUCAAAAAACAAAACUGACCAUUUUUCAGUCUCUUGGCAAUCCCUUGUACUAUGGUAAAAUUCAGACAGUCAAAGGUGAUGAGGAAAAUGACAGCCUGUUAACUCCAUCACAGUUCCUUAUUGGUUCGAAGACUGAUGCUGAAAGAGUGGUGAACCAGUAUCAGGAGUUAGUACAAAAUGAAGCUAAAUGUCCUGUGAAAAUGUUUCAUAAUUCGGGUGGAUCGGUCAAUCUUAGUCAUCUUUCUCCAGGGAAGGAAAUGGAACAGCCAGAAAGUAUAUCAGGCUCUGUUCAGUCUUCAGUAUUGGGGAAAGGUGUAAAACACCGACCUCCUCCCAUCAAAUUACCUUCAAGUUCAGGAAGUAGCUCUUCAGGUAAUAUUUUUAGUCCACAACAGUCAAGUGGUCAUCUAAAAUCCCCAACUCCUCCUCCUCCUCCUCCUUCUAAGCCUCCUGGUCUUUCUCGGAAACAAUCUAUGGAUCUUAAUCAAGUUAGCAUGCUCUCUCCAGCUGCCAUGUCUCCUGCAAGCUCUUCACAAAGGUCUGGAACUCCUAAACCAUCUACUCCUACUCCAACCAACACCCCUUCAUCGACCCCACACCCUCCUGAUGCUCAGAGCUCAACUCCUAUUACCCCUUCUGCCACCCCUACUCCCCAAGAUUCAGGCUUCACCCCUCAGCCCACUUUGUUAACCCCGUUUGCUCAGCAGCAAAUGUCUCUGAGCCAGGCACUGCCUGUAAUGACCAUUCCUCUUUCCACCAUGGUAACAUCCAUUACUACAGGAACAACCUCCACCCAGGUCAUGGCAAACCCUGCAGGACUUAACUUCAUCAAUGUAGUGGGCUCUGUGUGUGGAGCACAGACAUUGAUGAGUGGUUCAAACCCUAUGUUGGGGUGCAACACUGGUGCCAUAGCCCCUGCAGGUAUAAAUCUGAGUGGCAUUUUACCAUCAGGAGGUCUGGUACCAAGUGCGCUGCCCGCUGCAAUGCAGUCUGCCUCUCAAGCAGGCAGCCCCUUUGGUUUGAAAAAUGCAUCAAAUCUUCGGCCCUUAAAUCUUCUACAGCUUCCAGGUGGUUCACUUAUUUUUAACCCACUCCAGCAGCAGCAGCAGCUGUCACAGUUUUCUCCACAGCAACAAUCUCAGCAGCCUACAACCUGUAGUCCUCAGCAACAGGGAGAACAGGGGUCUGACCAAGGUCCAUCCAAUCAAGAUCAGGCAUUAUCUGCCCAACAAGCUGCUGUAAUUAACCUGACUGGAGUAGGGAAUUUUAUGCAACCUCAAGCCACAGCAGUUGCGAUUCUUGCAGCAUCAAAUGGCUAUGGCAGCAGCAGCAGCACAAGCAGCUCACCUGCAUCAUCAACACCAUUCAGGCAGCCACUCAAAAAGUAAAAGGAAAAGAGGCACACCGGCCCCUCCACAAUCCUGAGAUUUGCUCCCCACCCCCAAUAAAAAAUUGAUUCAGAGGGGAUUUUUUUUUUUUUUCAGAUUAAAAAGGAGAAAGCUUAAAAUCAAAUCAGUGUUUUAUAUUACUGGUGGGAAAAUGAACUUUUGACGUUACACUGAAAUAAAUGAACUGUUUUUGGAAGCCAACCCUACGGAACUUAGAUUUCAUCUAUAAAGCAGCUAGGGUCUGGUUUCCUUAAGUCACUUAAUUUUUUAACAGAAUGUUUUAUCUUGUAUUUUUUACCACUCAGCAGCAUUGUACAUAGUAUAAGGGUGAAACACAUUUUAGAAAAAAUGAACUUUGUAAAUGUAGUAUUGGUAUUUGUUUAUUUAGUAUAAAAGGUUUGUGAACACUGUAACAAAUACAAUUUUUACAAAUCCA